CUUUUGUAGUAACUUGGCUUUUCUCUCACAGAUUGAGCCUAAAAACUUUCAAGAAGCCGAAUUCGAUGAACAUUGCAUGAUAGCUAUACAUGAAGAGCUUAACCAAUUUGAGAGAAACUAAGUGUGGAAACUUAUGUCAAAACCUAAAGAUCAUACCAUUAUCGGUACCAAAUGGAUCUUUUCGAAACAAGCUUGAUGAAUUCGGCACAAUUAUAAGAAAUGAGACUAGACUUGUUGCACAAGGAUACAAUCAAGAAGAAGUUGACAAAAGAAUUGCAUUUGGCCAAUUGAGAAGAUUUGCUUCGCGAGAAUUACAGAUAGCUAUAGACAACUUUAAUGAGAAAAAUGUCCUUCGAAAGGGGGGUUUUGGAAAGGUUUAUAAAGGGGUGCUUUCAAAUAAUACUAAAGCGGCUGUGAAAUGAUUAAAUGACUAUGAGAGUUCUGCUGGAGACACAGCAUUCCAGCGUGAAGUUGAGAUGAUAAGUCUAGCUGUUCACAAGAAUCUAUUAUGUCUUAUUGGGUUCUGCUCAACACCAACAAAACGCCUUUUGAUUUAUUCUAGUGAAUUUUUUAAGUCUUUUGAUUUUAGAUAUAGAUGGUGUAUGGAUGUCACUGGUAGCUCAUAUGUUUAAAUAGGUUAGUAUGAAAUUAUUAUUUUAAGUUGGAAUAUACUUUGUUAGCAAUGUUGACAUUAAAAGUUAUAAUUUUGUUUGGAUGACUGUAAGUGAAAUAGAUGCAGAUUGUGGAAUGGGU